AUGGCAGAUCGUCCGACGCACUCUACGCCAAGGUCACCACCCGCAAAGACUCGCAGUCACUCGGAACCACCAAUACCUUCACCGAAACGAAGCAAAUCGGAAAAAUCUUCUCCACCAUCGAAGAGAAAGCUGGCUGAAUCACCUCCGCCACAAUCGAAGAGAAAGCUGGCUGGAACACCUCCGCCAACAUUUAAGCGAAAGCAGACUGAAACACCUCUAGAGCCCAUAAUACCACAGCCCCUACCAUCACCAAAAGGAUCACCGGUAGAAAUCAAUGUACUACUCUUGGGAGAAACAGGUGUUGGAAAAUCAACAUUCAUCAACGCCUUUGUCAAUUACUUGAAAUUCGAUACUCUUCAACAAGCCGAACACGGCGAACCAGUUGUGUUAAUACCAGUUUCAUUUCUUCUAACUGUCGGUGAUAGAUUUGAUGAGGUUAUUGUCAAUUUUGGUGAUGUUGAUUCGAAUGAAGAUCAUGCACAUCAAGGUCAAUCAGUAACACAACACUGCAAAUCAUAUGUAUUCGACUUGAACAGUAGAUUCCGUUUACGUUUAAUCGAUACGCCUGGUAUUGGUGACACACGCGGUCUCAAUCAAGAUGCUAAAAAUAUUGAUCAUAUAUUGAAUUAUAUCAAUAGUUUACCGCAUUUAAAUGCCAUUUGUUUAUUACUGAAACCGAACGCAUCUCGACUAAACGUUUUCUUUCGUUCGUGUGUUCAACAAUUGAUAACUUAUUUAACACCCGAGGGUUAUAAUAAUAUUGUAUUCUGUUUUACAAAUGCUCGAGAAACUUUUUACGCACCAGGUGAUACUGGACCAUUACUGCGUAGAAUGCUCAACGAUGAACAUCUUAAUGCUAUUCCGUUUAAAAAAGAAAAUACAUUUUGUUUUGAUAGCGAAUCAUUUCGAUAUUUAGCUGCCCGGAAAAGUCGUAUCGAUUUUGAUGAAGAUCAAAAACAAGAAUAUUUCAAUAGUUGGAACAUCUCAGUUAAAGAAUCGAUGCGCUUGCUUAAUUUUAUUCAACGGUGCGAACAAUAUCGUUUAGAAGAAUGGCUAUCGCCAAGAAAGGCUGCACUUGAUAUAUCCAUGUUGGCUGUACCUCUCAUGGAAACAUUACGUUUAAUACUUUAUAAUACAAAAUUAACCGAAGCUAACUUAAAUGCUAAUCAAGUAGUACUUAAUUCCGAUCCGAUCGCUAUCGAUAUGUGUACUAGAUGUGCACAAGCUAAUAUCGUCGAGUUAGGUCCUUUCUGGUAUACACAAUAUCGCUCGCCUGUGUUGAGAACGGGCACAAAUCAACAUCGUCAUUGUCCUACAGAUGGAAAGCAUUUUUUUAUUGAAUCAAUCGUAACCUAUGAAUUUAUUGGACGGCCAGCAGGUCUUAAAAUUGAGCAAUGGCAAAGUUCUUUUCGUAAUUUUCUACUUAAAUGUGAUAGACUAGCUCAUUAUUUACGACAACAAAAACUACCAGUUCAAAAUGAUCCAUUUCAAUCAAUACUCGAACGUUUUCUCGAAGAAGAACAGCAAAUCAGUAAAAUACGUAAUAUAGAUUCUGCUGCGAACCGAAGAUUGUGCGAAGUUUUAAACUCUAUUAAACGAAUACGUCAAGAGAAUAGUCAACAAUUAUUUGUAGCCAAUGAAAAUCUUUCGAUUUUUGAACUCUAUGCAAUCAUCGAUGAAUUGACAGCAAUACAGACAGUUAAGAAACAAGUCGAUAUUAUUAAAACGAGUCGCCAAUUAAAAAUGGUAGAAAAUGAACUUAUAAUACCAGCAAACUUAAUCAAAACACGACUAUUCGCCUGA